AUGAAGAACGGGUUGAGGCUUGAAGAGACUGAAAGAGGAAACGGUGAGAUUAAAGCGCGGUGGGCUGCAAGAGUUGGUAGCUUGUUGACCCAGCCAGUCCCACCAACAGACCGACAGAACAGAACAGACCCGAGGAGAGCAGAGCAGAACAGAGCAGACGUCACUGCAAGGCCCAAGCAGAGCGGCAGGAGAGUGCGAAGAUAG